CUUGAACUAGAGAUGCUAAAUGUCUUCAGUCCAAAUAUAUCUACUGUAAGUAUAUACAUGCCAAAAGAAAAAGAAACUGCCAGAUAAUUAUUAUAGGUGUCAGACGAGGAUUGGCCUCAACAUAAGAAGGCGACAGGACCACCCUUCAGCAACGAGCAGAACAACAAGCUAGUAUGGCAAGAAGCUCUUCGACAGACCCAAGAAAUGCUACAUUAUUGGACUGAUCAAGGAGAUUCUGCCAUUCGAACUACAGCUCAAUAUGCCAAAACCUUUUCUCUAAAUAUACUCACAAGUGCUGGGUUUGGUAAAUCAUAUUCCUUCAAACCUUCGUCACAUGCGGAUAACGGUACAAAUCAUUCCAUGAGCUACAAAGAUUCGUUGAGUUUAAUCGUUGGAAAUGCUAUCCCAAUACUAAUAAUUGGGCCUGCAUUCCUCCAAAAAUGCAAACGCUUUCUCCCUAAAUCAUGGCAAGACGUCGCUCAAGCUACUGUCGAGUUUAAGGUAUACAUGACAGAGAUGGUACAAGAAGAAAGAGAAUUAAUCGCUGCAGGCAAAUAGUCAACCCCAAAUUUGAUGACUUUCCUCGUCCGUGCCUCACAGUCUAAUUUCGACUCUAAAAUAGAUGACUCUAGUCUCGGCUGCAAGCAAUACGCUUUAACGGAAGAGGAGAUAUUCGGGAAUAUGUUCGUUUUUAACUUCGCUCGACACGAUACAAUCUCCCAUACGAUCUGCCGGGGCCAUCAAUCUACUUGCUGCACACCUAGAUGUGCAAGAAUGGCUCUCCGAAGAAAUCAAUGCGGUUUUCUUGGAUCCAGAUUCUGCUGCAUGGAAUUAUGAAGAAUCGUUUCCG